AUGCAUAGCAAGGUUGUCAUCAUCGGAUCGGGCCCGGCUGCCCACACGGCCGCCGUCUACCUGGCCAGAGCAGAGCUGAAGCCUGUCCUGUAUGAAGGCUUCAUGGCCAAUGGCACCGCCGCUGGCGGCCAGCUCACCACGACGACCGAAGUCGAGAACUUUCCCGGCUUCCCCAAGGGCAUCAUGGGCCAGGAGCUAAUGGACAACAUGCGCGCGCAGUCUGAGCGCUUCGGCACCGAAAUCAUCACCGACACCGUCACCACGCUCGACCUGUCCUCGCGGCCCUUCAAGUACAGCACCGAGUUCAGCCCGGAGGAGACGCACACGGCCGACGCCGUCAUCAUCGCGACGGGCGCCUCGGCGCGCCGCAUGGGGCUCCCCGGCGAGGACAAGUACUGGCAAAACGGCAUCUCGGCGUGCGCCGUGUGCGACGGCGCCGUGCCCAUCUUCCGCAACAAGCCGCUCUUCGUCAUUGGCGGCGGCGACUCGGCCGCCGAGGAGGCGACCUUCCUCACAAAGUACGGCAGCCACGUCACGGUGCUCGUGCGCCGCGACCAGCUGCGCGCCAGCAAGACCAUGGCCACGCGCCUGCUCGCGCACCCCAAGGUGACGGUCCGCUUCGGGGCGUCGGCGACGGAGAUUCGCGGCGGCGAGGACGGCCUCAUGUCGCACAUUGUCGUCCGCGAUAACGCGACGGGCAAGGAGGAGGUGCUCGAGGGCAACGGCCUCUUCUACGCCAUCGGCCACGACCCGGCCACCGCCCUCGUCAAGGGCCAGGUCGACAUGGACAGCGAGAACUACAUCGUCACCAAGCCGGGCACCACGUACACCAGCGUCCCGGGCGUCUUUGCCGCCGGUGACGUGCAGGAUAAACGGUACCGCCAGGCCAUUACCAGCGCCGGCACCGGCUGCAUGGCCGCGCUGGAGGCAGAGCACUACCUCUCUGAACUUGAGGCGGGCCAGUGA